AUGGAGCGCGCCGGCGGCGGCAGCGGAGCCGGCGCGACGGGGGUCCCGGCGGCAGGGGAGGGCGCGGCGGCGGCGGCGCCGGCGCCGCCGACCGCGGUGGCUGGAGCAGAGGUGGUGAAGGGGGCAGGGUUGGUGAAGGGGCGGUCGUGCAAGGGCUGCCUCUUCUACUCGUCGGUGCUCCGGUCCAAAGGGCGCGGCCCCGUCUGCUUCGGCGUCACCCGCUCCAUCCCCCAAGUUCCUGAACGCAUGGUCGGAGAAAUUGAGCUGGGAGCUAUCCAAGAAGGUCGCCACCUUUCCAACUUCAAAUAUGCAUGCGCUGGAUAUUCCAUAUACCUAGAUGACAAGGAUAAUCCUCCCGGAAAAGGAGAGAAGCAUGCAGAGCUGCCUAUUUGCGUUGGUGUUGAGCUAUUGGCAGACAGAGCCCCAACUAAACAAGCACCAGCCCAAGCUCCAGCUCACCUUAGAAAAGAAGCUACUCAAGCAAAUGCAUUGAAACCUGGGCAUACUCAAGCACAUGCAAACAAACCUGGGAAUACUCAAGCACGUGGAAACAAACCUGGGCAGACAGGAGAUGAUUUCCUAACCAAAUUCCAGAGAAAUGCUGGACUCGUGGCCAAUGGUGUGGUUAGGAACAUGAAUAAAGUUGGGACGUAUGUCAAAGAUACGGUGGAUGAUAUCCUGUACCCAUACCGCAAGCGUCCCAAGUAAAACCUAUCUCUUUUUCUCCUGGAGGUGAAGUGG